AUGUCCGAACAAGAAGUGUCCCAGCUUAGCGCCGAGAUCUCCUCCAAUCUCAACGUUUCCUCUCCUCCAGAGCAAGAGCCCAAGAGUCAAGUCCAACCUCCCGUUCUCCAAGUAGCCGCCAAUGCCGAUUUGAACAACAACCCUGCUGCCGAGCCGCAGAAGCCAAUUCAAAACCUAGAAGCCGCUGUUCUCCAGCCGCAAAUUAAUCAGCCUUCGAUGGGCUCGGUCGGACAAAUGCAGCAAUUGCAGAACACGCCCGUUGCUUCCGACAAAAUCUGGUGUCGAUUUCUUAUUCCUUCCAAAGUUGCUGGAGCCAUCAUUGGUAGAGGCGGAGCUACUAUCCGAGCUCUCCGAGAAGAGUUUCAAGCAAUCAUCAAUAUUCCAGAAGCACGAGCUCCCGAGCGCGUUUUGAAAAUCUGCGUCAAUAGUCGUGAAAAGCUACACACGAUUGUUGCGCAAAUCGCCGACAUCCUCAAGAACGAAAAUGCCAAAGGAUCGCACAAUGGGCGGCGAAAAGAAGGCGAAACAGAGCUGCGCAUUUUGGUUCAAUCGAGCCAGGCCGGAGCGAUUAUUGGGACGAAGGGAUCUACUGUCAAGAAUCUAAGAGAGACGACUGGCUCGCGAAUCAAUAUUAACCCCGAAUGCUGCCCAAACAGCUCCGAGCGCGUCGCCGCCAUCAUGGGGCCACCUGCCACCGUGGUGAAAUGCAUCUCAAUGAUUUAUGACAUUCUGGAGCGCGUUCCUGCCAAGGGAAAUGAACAGCGCUACGAUCCGAACAUGUUCGACCCGACCUACGACUAUGGAGGAUACGGUUUCGACCCGCGACAUUCAAACGAGCAAUUCAUCCCAUACACUCGGCCGCCAUACCCAUAUGGCAUGCCGAACGAGCGAUUUAUGCAUCAGCCUGGACCAUACGGAAACUCUCCACCUUUCUACCCCCAGAAUUUCGUCAGUCCAGGUCGAUUCCCUGGCCCUCCUCAGCAAGGAGCUCCACCUCAGCAAGAUUUCUCGCCACAGCGUCACAACCAGCAGCAGCAGAACCAGCCCCGUCAACCCUCUGGCCCUCCCCCGACCCAGAGCUUUGGCCAGGGUGGCCACCGAGGCGGCGGUCACCAGGGAGGCGGACCAAGACCUUUCCGUGGCGGUCCUCGAUAA